AGCGCGUGGGAGCAUUAUAUUUAUUUCUCUCUCACUUUUUUCGAGGUUUAGUGUUAAACCGUGUUAAUGCGGGGCUGCUGUCACAUUGACCGAUGUUCAGUAGGUGUUAAUGGAAGGUCUUGGUUUAGUUAGAAGACGGAUUACAGCCACACUGGGAUAUUAUUUCAGGUUGACAGGAGCUUCAGUUUAGCUAGAAAAAUAAUCCAAGCUAGCAGAGUGAUUAGCUCUGUUUAUCAUCCAGGGAAAUACACACGGAUUUCUGAACAAACAGCAAAUCUCAGACAAUGGAUUCUUAUGAUGUCGAGGAUAAUCGCUUGUUGGAAUCCGAACAGAGUGUCCAAGUGUCUCACGGUGACCAGAAAGACUUGGCUUUGUCAGGUUACCGGAACAAAAAGCUCCGGGAGAAUAAUGAGAGCUCCAGAGGGAAUCGAGCACGGACCAGAACACGAGAGCGGAACCGCGAUCCGGAUAAGGACCAGAUGUCUGACGGAGAGCAGAGCAGCGCCUCGUUCUAUUCAGAUGAUUAUGAGAACGCUUCACUGUCUGAGAGGUCCUUCUCACCGCGUUUCCCUUCUCCAUCACCACACAGAGGUGCAAGGACACAGAGAAUAUCAAGCAGCCCUGUACACCAGACAGGAGUGCGUAAGGGUGUACCUCGGCGUCCGGGUCCCCAGACCAUACCCUCUCAUCAGCGCUCCAGUGGUCUGCGCUCUCAGAGCCUUGGUAAAGAUGCUCUGCCCAAAGACCUGGACCUGGUCACCAAGCGGCUGCUGUCUGCCCGCCUGUUAAAGAUCAGCGAGUUGAAGAACGCGCUUGGUGAGCUGCAGCUGCGCACUGAUGAGCUACAGCGAGAAAACCGUCUACUGAAACAGCUUCAGCUGCGCCAUGAGAAAGCGCUGCAUCGCUACAGCGACACGGAGAGCGAGAUCUCGCAGCUCCUCUCGCGUCACAACAAUGAGACGCACGUCCUGCGAGAGAGACUGCGGCGCUCUCAGGAGAAGGAGCGCAUAACCGAGCGCCGCUGCGUGGAGGCAGACACACAGCUACAGAGAUGCCGAGAUCAGCUGCACAAACUGCAGCAGCUCGCUGAUGAUCAACGGCUCGGGGAAAGAGAAGAACUGGCACGCAAACUCGUACACGCACAGGUCAAAGUGCAGGAGAGUGAGCGUAGAGUGAAGGAACUAGAGAAGAACAUGGAGUUGAGUACAGGGAGCUUUCAGAGGCAGCUGGCGAGUGAACGUAAAAAAACCCACGAUGUCCUACAGGAAACCCAGACACUGCGGGAAGAACUCAACAAGCUAAGCACCAAAUUAAAGGAGAGAGAACGAGAGCUGGACACUAGGAACAUUUAUGCCAAUCGAAUGCUGAGAGGGGCUCCAAAGAAAGAUUUAGAAGAUUCCACCAGGAGGAAAGAUUUCAGCAGAAGCUGCAGUAAAGCAGUGCAGACAGAAGACAUGAUGGUCUCGCUAGACUUCCCCUCUCCUCCUCUUGCUAUCACUAACUGUAGUGAGUUCUCCUGCGAUGACCCGGCGGAUGACUAUCUGUCUCUGAAGGACCAGCAAAGCAGUGAGCAGAGACAGAUGGGAGCAGAAGCGCAAAGGAUUCAGGAGACGACACGAGAGCAGGUGGAAGAUGGAGCACGUGGGAUGGAGAUGGAGGAGCAGGGGAGAGAGAAAAACAGACUCAGGGAAAGAGAGAGAAAAAGUGACAAUGAGAAAGAAAUGGUGCAGAAACAGAGAAUAAAUUUUGAGUUCAACCUGAGCGAAGAGAAAGGGAUGAGGCAAAGCGAUGGGUGGGACAGAGAUGAAAAAGAAAGGAAGAGGCGAAAUGAGUGGCAGACGGAGGUAGAGAGAGGUAAAGAGGGACACCUGAGCGAGGAAGAGAUUCAGGUUAAUCAUGAGCGUGCAGAAGAAGAGCGCAGACGAAAAGACCAACUUUUGGCCAAAAUGCGUGAGAUCGACAUGCAAGCUAAGGCACAAGACUCCAGCUUCUUCCAUGAGGAAAAGGAAAGCACUCGCACUCCUCCUCGGAAUGAAAACAUCUCCAUCUUCGGCUUCACAGACCCUCAUGAUUAUCUGAGCACGCCCAAGACCGGGAAUCGGGGCGUGGCAAUGAGGUCACAGAAAACCAAUCAGGAUCUUGACCUCACCUUUGGCAGCUAUGCUCCAUCGUUUGGUAAACCUGCUCCUCGAGCAGGUCUCGGACACCGGAGCCCGAGCCUGUCUGUGGAGCAGCUGUCAGGAGAUGAGAAUGGAGGGAUGGAUCUGAGUGGAUUUGCAAAGGAGAAGAAGUCUGAUUUUCUACAGCAGCUGUUCGGGUCCUCGGUUUUUUCUGCACCCUAUGAGUCACCCAGCAAGAUGGAACUCCUGAGUUCUCCCAAUACGAAAUCAUCAAGUGGACGCAGAAGAGAUGCAGAGACACCAGGCAGGAUGAAAAGGACCACGCUGCAUGUCUCCGAGAGUGGCCCCGCUGUUAAAGCCAUUACGACACUAGAUGAUGAUAUCGAGGAAGUCAUGCUGUGAUGAAAUGUCUCAUCGAGAACGUUCGAUUUCAGAAACAGAAAGAAUGAUGAAGUUUCUGUUUGUGGAUAAAAUGGAACCAAGCUGCAGAGUCAGAGUCUUGGUGGUCGGUGAAAUAAACUGCAAUGAUACUUUGAUGAAUGAAUCUUUACACCUAGUAAAUUUCCAUAGCCUUCAUUUUCCUCCUAAACAGAAAUGACCUGAGUGUCAGGGGCUACUUGGACAUUUCGCCUUUUCUGACCAUGGUUUAUGUCAUUGUUCAUGUUUGUUUGUCAUGUGCUUUUGUUGAGGUUUUGCUUCUCCACAUGUGCUUUGCCCCACGCAUUCUAUUGUUCUGUUUCCUGCCUAUUUGCCCUCACCUAAUUCUCAUUUUCCCCAGAUUUGUUCACCUACUGUAUAUAUACACCUGUUCUUUUGUGUUAUAGUUCGCUCAUUCGUUGUUUCUGUUUUCAACUCCCAUGACACUCUCUUAAUUUCUGUAUGUUCUAUUAAGUUUAUUCGAUGUAGUUUUCUAUCAUCCUGCACUUGUAUCUAACUCUGUUCUGUGGGUGUUAAUCAAGCCUUCUUUCUGGAGACCUGGGUUCUAUCACUACCUCCGGUGGCACCUCAUAUUUUCUCUGACAGAAAGAGUGAACCGUUAUAGACUCAACAGGGUUAGGCCAAGCUAGACUCUUUAGGAGCUGUUCCGGAUUGGCGAGGGGACAGACUGUCUGUUUCCCUUGAGGGCCCCGAGUUCAUUCUUCUUGACCAUGUGGUCAUUCUUCUCCUCUGACUCUCCUUUCCUCUGUUAGAGAGAAAGUGAGAGAAUAAAAUCUGUUCUUAUCUUAUCACACAUAUUUCAACAUUUAUAAACGUAUAUAUUUCUGAAGAGCAAAACUUUUACCAAAAAUAUGUAUUCUAGGAUUUCAGACUACUCACCAAAAUUAAUGUUCAUGCAAAACGCACCCAAUCACAGACCUGUAUAGAUUGACUCUAUGCGGCUCUGCCCAAUCACCACAGAGACGAUUUCAGGAGCACAUUUCAGGCGCUAGCUAUUCAUUCGUUGC